GUUCCACGACGACCAGGGUUGCUAGAACCAUCCGUCAUUUCUCAUCACCGCCUCACAUAAAACCUCUCCCUUCAAUUUCUUCGUUCCCCCAAAACCCUAAACCCUUCGCACAGGCCCAACCAAAAUCGUCUCUCUCUCUCUCUCUCUUCCUCUCUACUGGUUUCUUGCACCUCAUUUCUGCCAUGGCCACGGGUGUGCUGCUUCGUUCUCUUCGACGUCGCGAUGUAGCCUCCUCCUCCCUUUCGGCUUACCGAUCCUUAACAAGCAAUGCCAAGCCGUCAUGGACCAAAUCUCAACUUAGUCAAUCAUGGGCAACUUUGUCCAGGCCAUUCAGUUCCAAGCCUGCUGGGAAUGAUGUAAUUGGUAUUGAUUUGGGUACCACCAACUCCUGUGUUUCUGUCAUGGAAGGGAAGAAUCCAAAAGUUAUUGAAAACUCUGAAGGUGCUAGGACUACACCAUCGGUGGUUGCUUUCAAUCAGAAAGGUGAAUUACUUGUAGGAACUCCAGCAAAGAGACAGGCGGUAACAAAUCCAACAAACACUGUGUUCGGGACCAAACGUCUGAUUGGUAGGCGUUUUGACGACCCUCAGACACAGAAGGAAAUGAAGAUGGUACCAUACAAAAUAGUCAGAGCUCCGAAUGGAGAUGCUUGGGUUGAAGCAAAUGGACAGCAGUACUCGCCAAGUCAGAUUGGUGCUUUUGUUCUAACAAAGAUGAAGGAAACUGCUGAAGCCUACCUUGGAAAGACCGUGUCGAAGGCUGUGAUUACUGUUCCGGCUUAUUUCAAUGAUGCACAGAGACAAGCAACAAAGGACGCUGGCAGGAUUGCUGGUUUGGAUGUUCUUAGAAUUAUCAACGAACCCACUGCUGCUGCACUUUCUUAUGGAAUGAACAACAAGGAGGGUCUUAUUGCUGUCUUUGAUCUUGGUGGUGGCACAUUCGAUGUUUCCAUCUUGGAGAUAUCCAAUGGUGUUUUUGAGGUGAAAGCAACAAACGGUGACACAUUCUUGGGAGGAGAGGAUUUUGACAAUGCUUUACUGGACUUCCUUGUAAGUGAGUUCAAACGGACUGAGGCAAUUGACCUUACCAAGGACAGGCUUGCCUUGCAGAGGCUUAGAGAGGCUGCAGAAAAGGCAAAGAUUGAGCUAUCAUCUACGUCACAGACUGAAAUUAACCUGCCAUUUAUCACUGCUGAUGCAACUGGUGCUAAGCAUCUGAACAUCACUUUGACCAGGUCGAAAUUUGAAAGCCUAGUAAGUCACCUGAUUGAAAGGACCAAGGCCCCAUGUAAGAACUGUUUGAAGGAUGGCAAUAUUUCUAUCAAAGAGGUCGAUGAAGUGCUUUUAGUUGGUGGAAUGACUCGUGUACCCAAGGUUCAAGAGGUUGUCACAGAAAUUUUUGGAAAGAGCCCCAGUAAAGGAGUGAAUCCUGAUGAAGCAGUUGCUAUGGGAGCUGCAAUUCAGGGUGGCAUUCUCCGUGGUGAUGUCAAAGAGUUGCUUCUUUUAGAUGUUACCCCACUAUCGCUUGGUAUUGAGACACUUGGUGGUAUCUUUACAAGGUUGAUCAGUCGGAACACUACCAUUCCCACCAAGAAGAGUCAGGUGUUCUCAACCGCAGCUGACAAUCAGACCCAGGUUGGUAUCAAGGUAUUGCAAGGUGAGCGAGAAAUGGCCUCUGACAACAAACUUCUAGGAGAGUUUGAGCUAGUUGGAAUUCCCCCUGCUCCAAGAGGAAUGCCUCAAAUUGAGGUGACAUUUGACAUUGAUGCCAACGGUAUUGUUACUGUCUCUGCCAAGGACAAGUCCACUGGUAAAGAGCAACAAAUCACCAUUCGAUCUUCUGGAGGACUCUCAGAAGACGAAAUUGAGAAGAUGGUCAAGGAAGCAGAGUUGCACGCCCAGAAGGAUCAAGAAAGGAAAGCUCUGAUCGAUAUCAGAAACAGUGCAGAUACUACCAUCUACAGCAUAGAGAAGAGCUUGGCCGAAUACAGGGAGAAAAUACCUAGCGAGGUUGCCAAAGAGAUAGAGGAUUCAGUGGCAGACCUGAGGAAGGCAAUGUCAGAAGAUGACAUUGAAGCGAUCAAGUCAAAACUUGAUGCUGCCAACAAAGCCGUUUCCAAGAUUGGACAGCAUAUGGCUGGUGGUUCAGGAGGUGGUGCUGCUUCCGGAGGAUCUCAGGGUGGUGAACAAGCUUCUGAAGCCGAGUACGAGGAGGUGAAGAAAUGAGCAACAUAAUUGUUCGGGUGCACGGAGUUUUCCUUAUUUUAACAACCAAAGGUGCUCUUAUUUUAAUAUGGUGAUAGGACUAAGAAUUCUAGCGGAUUUUGUAUCUAAAUGUUGGAGGUUGGAAUAUGUUUAGAAUGUUCCUGAUAUAGUAGCAGUGUUGCUUUGUUUGCUUUUGUUGAAUUCUUCAUUGUUUAAGAAUUCGUCAGUGAUUUGGGUCACUGCCUGCCCGUUCUCGAUGAUAAAAACUCUCCCGUGAAAAGAGGAUUCUCUGGACCAUGUUCUUGGUUUUGGUUAAAUUGGUGAAUAAACUCUCACUCAAAUACACGUUCUCUCUUA